GAUCUUUUGGGUCAAUAAUUAUUGUCAAUGGUGCCCCGUCAUCAUGUGGGACAGAUUUCAUGUUUUAGUGAUAGGUUUACUGGUCUCACACAGCUCGCUCGUAGCCCCGCAGUACCUCACAUCAUUUGACUUUCCCGGGGGCUUUGAGUUAGCCAACGGAUAUGGCUUAGGGGCUUGCUCCACAGAUGUCUGUGGACCUGUAGAGGCCUGCUGUGCGGGUUUCAGGUGCAAUGAAGGCCUCUGCAUAGACCUUGUGGCUCAGCCUGAGAUCGCUACUGGGCCAUAUAGAAGGCAGCGACCCUAUACAAAGGUGAUCGAGCCGCCCCACUACAGGCCGGGGCCCAUCUUCGCCCCGCCUCAAGUCUACACAGACUACAAUGUGAUUGAGAUUGAGAGGACCAUAGUGGAGCCAUUGCCGCCCCCACCUCCACCUCCGCCUCAGGUCAUUGUGCCACCCCCGAUUGUCCGCACUCAAGAUGUGUACCAGGUCGACACCACUGUUAUAAAGGCUAUUCCACCCCCACCACCACCACCGCCUCCAGUGGUGCUGCCCCCGCCUAUCAUCAACGCCUACGAUGUUUACAACAUCGAGAGAACCUUCGUCGAGGAAUUACCUCCGCCACCACCGCCUCCACAGCCUAUCCACUUGCCUGCUCCUAUCACCUACGAGUACGACAUCGUGCAAGAAAACAACAGGCUUAUACAGCAUCAGCCACCCCCACCACCUCCACCCCCACCAGUGGUUCUACCUCCUCCUCUUCACAACAACUACGACAUCUACAACUUGGAGCACACGGUCGUGCAGGAGAUCCCCCCGCCACCACCUCCACCACAGCCUGUACAUUUGCCUGCACCUAUCUUCCAGAACUUUGAGAUCGUUCAAGAGAAUCUGGCCCAUUUCACCCACCAGCCCCCACCACCACCUCCACCCCCACCUGUGGUUCUACCUCCUCCUCUUCACAACAACUACGAUGUUUACAACAUCGGGCACACUGUGGUCCAGGAAAUACCACCUCCUCCUCCCCCACCACAGCCCGUUCAUCUCCCCGCUCCUAUCACCCGGGAGUAUGAAAUUGUCCAGGAGAACUUGGCGCACUUCACACAUCAACCUCCCCCACCCCCACCACCACCUCCAGUGAUUCUUCCUCCUCCUCUUCACAACAACUAUGAUAUCUACAAUAUCGGACACACUGUUGUGCAAGAGAUCCCCCCACCACCACCCCCACCACAGCCCGUUCACUUGCCCGCUCCUAUUUUCAACAACUAUGAGCUGGUACAGGAGUCACUUGAGUUCUUGACUCAUCAGCCACCGCCCCCACCACCUCCUCCAGCUGUUCUGUUGCCGCCUCCGAUCCACAACAACUACGACCUUUUCAACUACGAACACACCAUCCUGCAGGAGCUCAUUCCCCCACCACCACCCCCGCAGCCCAUCCACCUGCCCGCUCCUAUCUACAACGAGAUAGAAGUCAUCGAACCCCUGCCAUUCGCCUACGGACAUUACAAACACAUCUGAUUUGCUAACACUUUUAGAAACAUGUAAUUUAUAGAUUAAACUUUUUUAUUAUUAGA